CUGCUGUAGAAUGUAACUUGAAAACUGACGAGUUAUUUUUUUAAAUUAUGAUGUGAGCUCAGUUUGAAACGAUGAUUGUUCAAUUGCAUUCGUCAUGUAUCAGAAUUUACCAACAGCUAAUUUGGACAGAACGGAGCGUGACUUUCUGAAUGCAGUGAGAAAUGGGUGCGACGAGCUGGUUAAGCGAUACUAUCACCAAGGAGUGAACAUAAGGUGCCGAACGACUGAUUCAGAAACUCUCGAUUCGUACGAGGCGAAAGCGGGACUGACAGCAGUGCACUUGGCCGCUUGGUAUGGCCACGACUUCCUUGUCAACUUCCUCGUGGACCGAGGCUGUCCCGUAGACUCCGAGGACUUCUCGGGUUUCCGACCGAUUCACUUCGCGUGUGCUCAGGGUAGACAUUCGGCCUUCGAGGCUCUUGUGAAGAAGGGGGCCAAUUGUGUGGGGGCGGCCAAAGAUGGCUGGACAUGUUUGCACUACGCGGCUCAGAGGGGGAAUGAAGACAUCGCCAGAACAUUAAUUUCCAAGGGCGGCCAUCCUGACUGGCCUGAGAUGCGGGGCUGGACCCCGGUGCAUCUGUGUUGUCAGAAUGGACACGCCCCCAUUCUCAAAUUGCUGCUACACGGAGGGGCUGUAGUCAAUGUCCAGGACCAUGGCGGAGUUUCGCCUCUGUAUCUGGCUGCUCAGAAUGGAUUCCCCCACAUAGUGCAGAUCCUACUCCAACACAGGGCUGAGUAA